AGUCCAAAUGAGCAAUUGCGGGAGAGCGAGCAAUGGAAGUAGCAUGGCGGAGCAGACACCCGAAACGCGUCCUAGUCCCGGUUCAGAAGUGGUUCCUACCACAAAGAAAAAGCCUACUCGUCGAACGGCUGAAGGGUUAUUAGCGAAGAAGGACAGGGAGCGACGUAAUAGACGAACACGGAUUUUUCUUGGCGUCGCUUUUCCUCGGUGGAGAACCCUGAAGAAACAACUUGGGCUGAGGGCAGACAAGGACGUCGCCUUGCAGCUGUUGGAUCAUUACGAAAAGUGCACAAAGCAGCCAUCGUCGUCAACCCCCACGAAGACCGGCAGACGACGCAUCCAACCACCUCCUCCUCCUCCCCUAUCACUUUUCCGCAAUUGCUCGGAAUCCCAAAGUGUUUUUGGUAAAGACGGUCGCACCUACAAGCCAGACGACUUGAAGAAACUGAGAAUAACCGAGCUUAAGGAUAAACUUGAGCACCGCGGCCUUGACGCCAGUGGCCUGAAGCUGGACCUGGUGGAGCGGCUUUUGGCUGCGCUGGAGGAGGAAGCCCGGGCCAAGACCUCCAGCCGAGGGGACAAGGAGCAGGUUGACGAGAGGCAAGAACAACAAGAAAUUAAAGAGGAGAUCCAAAUCAAGGACACCCCUGUGCAGGUCGACGACGCUGGCCGGGAGGCCUGCAGGGCACAGCGCAAACGCAGACAAGAUGCCGGCAGUCUGGCUGCGGAGGUGAAGGUUGAGUCAGAGAGAAGCGGACGUUCCGGCCGAAAGCGACCGCAUGAGGAGAACAGGGCCUACUACUACAAUGAGCAGAGCCAGAAGAAGAGUGUUUGUGCCAAGGACGCUCGCACAUGUAAACCAGAUGACUUGAAGAAACGGAGCAUAAACAAGCUUGAGGAAGAGCUCCAGCACCGCAGCCUGGACGCCAGUGACCUGAAGCCAGACCUGGUGGAGAGGCUCUUUGCUGCGCUGGAGGAGGAAGCCCGGGCUGAGUCACUGGGCCGAGGGGACAAGGAACAGGGCGACUACAGAGGAGAGGGUGACGAUGGGGACAAAAAGCAAAACCAGCAAGAGGCAGCUGGCGGCAACAGCAAUGCCCUGCUAGAGAAGGACAAAGGCAGAGAUUUGGGUGGCUGCGACAAGGAAGAGGAGGCAGAGCCAGAGGCCGAAUGCAAGCCGCAGAAGUGUCAGCCGCCGUCAGACACUGGUGAAAGCCGACGUGCCGAUGCCGACCUUCCCAAAACGUCAGCCAUCGCUGAGAUAAUCGUCAAACUUGAACCGGACGAGAAGGAACAUGUUGACAUCAAACAAGAAUUUAAAGAGGGGAUCAAAAUCGAGGACACCCCUGUGCCAGUAGGCGGGGCAGAACCGAAAUGUGAACAAGAUGGCUGCAGUCUGGCCGUGCAGGUGCAAGUGAAGGUGGAGUCCCAGAGAAGCUGACACCGUGGCCGAAAGCGACCACACAAGGAGAACGGGGGCUACGAUUACUAUGAGCACAGACAGAAGAAGAGGUAUUCAUUCAUGAAUUGUCCAAAAGUGAAUGUAAGGAAAGGAGGUUCGGUAGCUAGUUCUUUCAGCCAGUAGAGACUCAUAAAAAAAAAUGGUGUUACUGUGAAGCCACAAUUAAUUGUGGGGGUGGGAGGCUACGUUUCAGAUGGAGAGAUGGCAGAAGUGUGUGUGUGUGUGAGAGAGAGAGAGGGGGGGGCAGGGUGCAACCCAGGACCAUUUUGACCAAUAGAAAGAGAGCUCAUUUGAGAAGGAUUUGGUGGGCCAAACCUCAUUGGUUCAUUUAGACCAGGAGUGCCCAGAAUUUUUGGCUCGGGCCACAUUGACGUAAAAAAAUUGUCAUACGGGCCAGCAUUAAUUUUACACGCUACCGACGAGGGGAAUGCUUUUUUGUAUUUAUUUGUAUUUUACUUUGUUUUACUAUGCUGUCUGCUGCUAUGUAGAUCUGAUAACUGCCUGACCUGGAUAAAUGAAGGUUAAAAUAAAAAUUAAUUAAAUGCAAAAUAAAGUAUUUUUAUGGAAUUUGACUCAAACUCAAACUUUAUUCAUCAGAAUCAACAAACAACAUGUUUGCAUUAAUGUGAAGGGUGAUACUGAGAUCUCGACUGCAGUAAAUGGGGCAGGUCUGGCUCAAAAGCGGUGGUUUUAAUGCGCAAGAUGUCACGCAGGUGGGAGUCACUUCGUCUUGUCCUCACGCGGUUCUUAUUCAUGUUCAUGACUGAGAAUGUCUUCUCGCACAAGUAUGUCGAGCCAAACAAGCUCAACAUUUUCUUAGCAAAUGUACGAAUCCCUUGGAACCUGUCUUUAUCCAGCUGCUGGUAAAAGUUGACAAGAGGGAGUUGUUGGUACCGGCUGCGACACUCCGUGUCACACUGCAGCUCAAUGAGCUCCAACUGCAGGUGGGCUGGAACGUCACUGAGAUCCACGGAAACGGGAGAAGAAAAAAAGCGUGAUCUCCUUUUCAAUAGUUGCAAAAUCCCUGAAACGUUGUUGAAACUCCUCAGUCAGAGAUGAGAUGUUUGCGGCAUACCUCCUCAUUUGUGCACUAAUAUUGUGUGCUGGAAAACACGUCAUUAUUUCUUGCAGAGAUUGGAAAUGUGUGGUAUUGGGCUGCGUUUGUGACAAGUGGGUUUGGAAAAGUAGCAGCUGGGUCCGAAAGGCUUUAAUAUGUGAAUACAGUUGGCUUAUCAAUUGAUUUUGCCCCUGAAGGCUCGUGUUCAGGGCGUUCAGAUGUCGGGUUAUGGCAACUAAAAAUCCAAAAUCAGACAGCCAAACAGGAUCGGUUAGUUCUGGCAUCAUUUGUCCCUUGUUUGCCAAGAAUUGUCCAAUUUCCUCUUUGAGUGAGUAGAAACGCUGCAGUGCAGACCCCCGACUGAGCCAUCUUACAUCGGUGUGAUACACAACAUCUCCGUAUUCAGCGUGGAUAUCCAGUAGAAAUUGUUGAAACUGGCGGUGGCACAGGGCUUUGGAGCGAAUAUAAUUAAUAGCCUUUAUCACCGGUUUCAUAACAUGAACAUAUUUCAGAUGUUUGGCACAUAGAACUUGUUGGUGAAUAAUACAAUGGAGUUUUAUAGCUUUACCUCCUCCUUCGCUUACUUUGUUACACACUAGGGUUGAUAAUCCACUGUGCUCGCCAACCAUGGCAGGUGCGCCAUCCUUAAUAAUCCCCGUGAUUUUAUUCCACUGUAAUUUUAUGUCAUCUACGGCGGAACAAACAGAAGCAAAUAAAUAUUUCCCUCUUGUUUGGUCCUUAAGGCUCUGGAGGUCAAGUAGCUCUUCACGCAUAUUCAUUUCACUGUCCACUCCUCUCAAAACAAUCAGUAACUGAGCGGUGUUGGAUGCAUCCGUGCUUCCGUCACAGGUUAACGAAGAAAAUUCAAACUCCACUCCUUUUGCGUCCAACUGUCUCUUAAUAUCAGAAGAAACUUCUUUGAUCCUUCGUGACACAGUGCUACGAGCCAGGCAAACAUUGGCGAACUGUUGCUUUUUCUCAGGACCAAUGUUCUCCACCAUUUUCAUCACACCGUCUUUAAUAAAUUCACCCUCAGUAAAAGGUUUGCAGUGCUUGGCAAUCAGCAUUGCCACCUCAUAGCUUGCCUUUGUUGCAUUUUCAUUCGACUCAUUGGCUCUUGUGAAAAAGUGUUGCUGUGCCGUUGAACCAGCUUCCAGUUGCUUCAAUUUGUCACUGCGUUCGUUCGCAGUUAGCUUGUCAUAAUUAGCAUGUUUCGUCUGGUAGUGCCUCUCUAUAUUGAACUCCUUGAACACAGCCACAGUCUCUUGGCAAAUUAGGCAGAUGCAGUUUCUAAAUUCAGUGAAAAAAUAUUCAGACUUCCAUUUGUCCUGGAAACGGCGGCCCUUGCUAUCAACUUUCCUUUUCUUACUUCCAGUUGCCAUUUUAGAAAUGGGCAAAAAACAUAUACGCAAAACGGCCCCGCAACAGUUCGGUCACAAGUUUACUGCCAUCCUGUGGUGAAAUAUAAAAUUGCGUGUGUAUUUUGUACUGCCGGGCCACAUAUUAUUGAUUUUAUGACAGAGGCUCCGGCCAGUGGAAAUAUGAACACGGGCCGGACUUUGGGCAUGUCUGAUUUGGACGUCGGUCACCAGGCACCUGCACAUUGGGGACAAAAAAAAAAAACACCCAUUUUGAUACCUCCAUAUUUUGAUGUGCAAGGUAUGUGAUCUGUCCCAUUAUACUUUCAAAUACGGUAGUUUCUGUGCUGAUCACCUGUAUUGAUAAUCAGCAUUUCCUACUUAGGCUAACUAUCUUGCACUUUUUUUGCUGGUAUGAUAUCAAGGUGCACAAGUCUUUUGCCCUCAUUUUUGGCACGAAGAGCAUAGCAAUCUCCUGCUUUAUAUUAUUGCAGUUAUAGUACAACAAUUAACAACUAAAUAAAAUAUAUAAUCAAAAUGUAUUCAUACUUUGAAGCAAUUAACUUUUUGGGGUUUGAAUAUGUCUGCUGGUGCCCUGUGUUGGUAAACAUUUCUUAGAUGUUAGCUAACAAGCUAACACAAAACUGAUGUGUGCUAAUUACAGGUAGUUGAUGGAUGCAUUGACUCCUCCAUUCUUUA